AUGUUGAGUCCGGUUGAGACAAACUACCUCAUCUAUCGCUUCCUUUUGGAGUCGGGAUAUGUUCAUGCCGCGUUCAUGUUUGGACAUGAAUCUGGUAUUAUUUCUGCUGGAAUAGCCGAUCGGUCAGUUCCUGUAGGCGCACUAUUGACUCUCUUGGAAAAGGGCAUGCAACUGCUCGACAUAGAAGUACAUAUGGAUGCGAAUGGGCGACUACAUAUAUGUGAGCAGCCCUUCAGCCUUUUCCAGCCUCACAGAUGCUCAGUGAAAACACUUCGGAAUAGAGACCCCGAGUCUAACCAUCUAGACGAACACGGUCAACAACCUGAAGAAUUUCCGGCAGCAGAAGAUACCGAGUUGAUGAACUCGCUUACGGUAUCUAAGAAGUCUCUCGAUAAAGACGAUCAGGCAGCAGGCGAGGCUCUUGCGCUGCUAGCCAAUAACACAACCCAGUACACAGAGAAUAGUAUAAUGGACUGUCUCAUAGAGAAGAAAGAGAUCCUUCCCGCUGCAGAAGAUCUCAUCAACAUGUCGCCUGCCAUGCUCGACCUGCAUCCAAAGACUCUAAACUUAACGGUACGGGAAGAUCAGUACAUAAGAGAAAUAAUAAAACGGAUAUAUGCCGCAGGGUUGGACCAGGUGGGCAACGAAGAUGGAAAUGAUGAGGUGUCCGUAACAGACAAGGGGACCCAGCAGGAUGCAAAGGGUGCACAUGAAGAUAUUAGGCUUGUGCCUCCCCAGGUGUUUGAGUCUAUGCUACAAACAGUUCAGCAGCCCACAGACGUGAACGUGACAAAGGAGUACAUAUAUCUACCCGUCAAAUAUCAAGGUAUCCUCGAUAAUAUCGCUUCGCAGGAAACAGGCAUGCGUGGAUCUUUGGUAGAGCGGUGUAUAACAGUGGCCGAUGUUGGUAUACUUGUAAUCGAGAUAGAGAACAACAGAAGUCGGGAACGGACGCGUGCCAGUCGGACAAGCCGGGGAAGCAAGUCCUCUGGUAUCGAGAUCUCCUUCAUUUCAUACAGCAUGUUGGUGUCGCCUCCCAACAACGCUUUUGUUACAUCAGAAAUGCUGGCCACAGCUGCUACGCAUACGAUAAUCGACAAUCUAUUAUACAUGGUAAUCGGCUUCAGCGACGGAAUGAUUCUCGUGUGCACCUGCAAUAGCUCCUUGAAUAUCUCAGCAAUCUAUGCAGCCCAUCCCUUUGGCUAUUUUGCGGUCCGGAAAAUAGUGUUUUCCGAUUGUAAAGGAUAUGUGGUAGUGAUUGGAGACACCACUAGACCAUUCGUUUUGGACAUCGGAACGUAUACAAGCAUGCUCCUAGAGCAGCACGUUCUAGGUACAGACAUAGGUUCUCACGCAGGCGACCUAGGAAGAGCGUGUGCAGACGUUUUUGUGCACAUCACAAGGAACAAAGAUUUUGAUGCUAGUAGCAGCUUAACAUCGUGGCCACUGUGCACUAGUGACUUUCACAUCAACUUUAAUGAACAUAACGCCCUCAAGCAAUUGUGCGCAGAUGUGUGCUGGGUGACUGACAGGUCAUUCUCAGUGUUGGGCGAUGGCUAUAUUAUUAUACUAUCCUUUCAUUCCGAGGACAAGACCCUUCGGCUGAACGGUGUCUACCAGUGUUCGGUACAGAAGGCAAACAGAAUGAUUUGGAUAAACGAUAGCAAGAUGUUGGCUGUGAUAGGAAGUAACUGCAUUGCAUACUACAGUGUGAAUGUAACGAAGGCCGCUGAACACUCAGCUCCGAAUGGCUUGGAAAGGAUCCAGCUGCGCAUGCUUUCUGACACAAUGCAAUUUUCUGAAGAGUGCUUCUCCGAUGUCUUCGAUUACCAAAAACACAUUGUAGUGACGGCGACGAAUGGUCAAAUAUAUGGAAUAAACAAAACGUCUCCAACGUCACUGGCGUGGGACGUCAAGCUUUCAGGCCGGCCUGUAUAUGUGCACCUGGCUAGCAUCAGUGACUGGUUCUUUGUGAGCAUGGAUACCGGUAAUCUAUUCAUCAUUAAUGAUUCUGGUCACGUUCUCGGGGAACUCUCGAUUUUUGACGGUGAAUCAUGCGACGCAAUAAGCGGCCUCACCAACCCACUUUUGUAUGGCUCUGCAAACACGGUGUGCCUACUGAGUGAUAUCUACUAG